GAGCACACUCAGGUGGGAGUAGGAUGGUGAACUUGGUGGAGGCGCAGAAGCCGCUGCUGCACUUCCUGAUCAAGUGGGCCGGGCUCCGGCAGCACACGGUCGAUGUCGACGGCGCCGGCACCGUGCUCACCUUCUGGGUACCCAAGGACAAGGUCCCCAGCAACAACUCUACCGUCGCGCCGGAAGAGAAGCAGAGCGAGGCGUCCAAAGUCAAGGAAGGCCGGCGGCCAUCUGUGGUGCUCGUGCACGGCUUCGCGGCCGAAGGCAUUGUCACCUGGCAGUUCCAGGUUGGUGCGCUGGCGAAGCACUACGACGUGUACAUCCCGGACCUGCUGUUCUUCGGAGGCUCCACGACGCCGUCCGCCGACCGGUCGCCGGCGUUCCAGGCGGAGUGCCUGGCCGCCGCGCUGGGGAAGCUGGGCGUGGACGAGUGCACGGUGGUGGGGUUCAGCUACGGCGGGAUGGUGGCCUUCAAGAUGGCUGAGUCGCGCCCGGACCUCGUCCGCUCGCUCGUCGUGUCAGGCUCCGUCGUCGCCAUGACCGACUCCAUCAGCGACACCACGCUCGAGCGGAUCGGCGUCAGGUCAUCGGCGGAGCUGCUGCUGCCGGAGUCCGUCAAGGGGCUGAAGGCGCUGCUCUCCAUCGCCGCCCACCGGAGGCUCUGGUUCCCGGAACGCCUUCACAGGGACUUCCUCGAGGUGAUGUUCGCCAACCGCAAGCAAAGAGAGGAGCUGCUGGAAGGUCUGGUGGUCAGCAACAAAGACGCCACCGUCCCCGUCUUGCCGCAGAAAAUACUUCUGCUCUGGGGGCACAACGACAACAUCUUCAACUUAGAGCUCGCCAAGGCGAUGAAAGAGUAA